AUGAGCGAUCAAUCUCAAGGUGCUCCUCCUGACCCAUCAAUGGACCCAUCAACAACCGAUCAAGGGCCAAGUCUUGCAUUUCUCAAUUUUAUCGUACUGCUAUUGUAUCCAACAAUUGCUGCACAAACGAUCAUUUUGCUCGAAGCCAUUCGAACAAUUCCAGCAGAAUUUCGCAUGUAUCGUCGAGCAUGGCUUCGAAAACGGUUCAACGCUGCAGAAAUCUUAUUCAUAACGAUCAAGUAUAUGGCCGUAUUUGCAUUCAUCUGUGAUGCAUUGAUCGAAAAUUCAUCGUAUAUCAAGACGGGAGAAGGAUGUUAUGCUUUCCAUACCAUGUACUACACAUUCAUGCUGUUGAGUGUGUCUUUUGUUGCAAUUGCAAUCGCUUGGCGUUGCUAUAUCGUUUUUAAUUGUAACAGAAAAGUGUUUUAUGGCCUUUCGGUGGGUGUCUGUUUACAUAUCGCUCUCACUUGUUGGACGGUCAAAAAACAACACAAAACCACUUAUCUUGAAGAAGGCUUCUGUCAAGUUGGGCCUUUUGAGCUUAGAUCAGUUUGGACGUUCGCAUCUCCCUAUUAUCUCUUGUUCAACGUCAUCUACGAUGCAGCUGUGACUGCUUUUGCAACCAGAAGAUUACUGCAAAAUGCAAAAGGCUUGAAAGGUAUUUCCGGUAUCACUGGUAUCACUCGGAUUCUGUUAUACAACAACAUACACUAUGUCGCCAUUGUCUGUUGUGUCAACUUCAUGGAAUUCCUCUACUUGGCAUGUUCAGACGGGCAAGCACGCAGUCUGUUGGGCAUAAGCUGUGCAAUUCAAAUCAUCACUGGUAUGGGUCUUUUGAUCAGCGAGCAAGAUGCCGUUCAUCAAGGUAAUCAAUCCUACGUCGUAGGAAGAAGCGAAGCCAAUUCUGGACCAUCGAGAAGUACUGGAAGCGGAUCGGGAGGCGUGCAUUUGCAACAAAGUCAAUAUGCCAGUGCACAAACUACACGUUCAUGGUUACCAUCCUCUUUGCAUCCGAGAUCAGCUGAAGCCACAACAUCAAGCUUUAGCGAAAAGAACUCAAAGAGUUACAAGCAGCCAACUUUUCACGGUAUCACACUUUCUGUUCAUCAACAUUGCUCUGACGCAACUGAUGUGACGGAUAUUGAAAGAGGUUAUCCCAAUUUGACGGGAAAGAAUGACCAUUCUUCGGAUGACAUUUCCCCUGCUGCUGCUGGUUGGACGAGUACGCCUUUAAUUGCAAUCAAUCAAACUCCAGUUUCUGAAUCAUUGUUCUUCUUGCCACAACACAAUCAAGAUCUGGAAACCCGUACUGUUGCAUAUCCGAAAUUGGGUACGGACACAAAUCCCCCGUUUGUACCAAGCAAAGGGAAGAUGGCAACGGAAGAUGUGACUCUUUUAACUAGAAUGGCAGAUGCUGGCGUCAAUGAUGAAGAAGAAACAAGUUUAUACACCAAACCAGUUCACUCCUCUUCUCAAAAGAGAAAACAUGGUGAUAAUUUGUCAAUCUCAUCCAUCCGUGCUCAAGCACAACUACGCAAGAUUGAAGCUUAUCGUAAUCAUGAAGAUACAUCUCCACCAAAUCAAUGGGAAGCACCAUUUUCCGGGACUGAAUCACCGCAAGACUCUCCAUCAAGAACGUACAACGUUAAAAGAAAGUCUGUUCCCUCAAUUGUUCCAGAAAGGAAAGGCAGUGGAUCGAGUGAUAGACCUGGCGUCUUUGAAGCAAGAUUGAGCGAUAAACCAUUGCCACCAGCAUAUUCUGCCACGGAAGACCAACAAUUACAGGCCCAAUUUUCCGGUCGUGAACCGAAGCUGUCUGUGAGCAGUCCUCCAAAUACGACCAAGAAUGUUUCGAUGGAUGAAGAGUUGAGCGUUACAACAGGUACGUUUGGCGGAAGAUUUAGCGCAACGAGUAUCAAAGAUGCCGAAGCUCAACGUUCAAGCAAUUCAUCGACAAACAGAACGCAAUUCACGCCUCUCGGACUUGCUUUGCCAGCCAUGGUUCAACAAAAAAGCAGAGAAAGAGAAACUGUUCAAAACAAUGAUAAGCCUGAACAAAACGCAAGUGAAUUGCCAUCAUACCAUUUGCCAUCCAGCCAACCAUCCGUUCGACGCCUCCAAGGCUCUGCACACGUUCGAAGUAUCUCCGAAGGUCCCUACCGUGGCUCCAUGAGGAGCAAUCCAUUCUUUGGCCCCUCAAAUUGA